UACGGCUACUGAUGCGCUGUCGCAAUUCCAACGCACCUACACACUGUAGCUUCUCCUCAGCCGUCUCCCAACACUUGCAAACAGUAGUGAGAAAUGAUCACAGUAUUUACAUGUACAUGUACUAUACUAUAUCCACCAUUCCUCUCUCUAUAUAUCCAUUCAGAUGAAAUUAAUGGAAGCUGCCACUGCCACUCUCUCUCUCUCUCUCUCUUUAUGUCUUAUUUUUGCAUAAGUAUAGGCUCCGCCUUUAGCUUGCACAAAAUUACUAUAUGGAUAAAAUGGGAGACGUAACGGCGUCAGGUAACGGAAAAGUAGUCCAGCAGGCCAAGAGAGGCACCAGCGCUAGCGUUAACGUCGUGCGAGCUGCCGCCAGAAAGGAUAGGCACAGUAAAGUGUGCACGGCGGGGGGCACGAGGGACCGCCGCGUGCGGCUGUCGCCCAAGACCGCCAUCCUCUUCUACGAUUUGCAGGAUAGGCUCGGCUGCGACCGCCCCAGCAAGGCCAUUGAUUGGCUCAUGGCGGAGGCCAAAGCCGCCAUCGACGCGCUGGCCGACACUCCCGCCGCGGCUGAUCCGCCGCCGCCGCCGCCGCCGCUGGAGGGACGAGAAGAUUUGUCCGCGCCGGCUCCUGUGGAAUUGUUUGAUGCCAAUUCUGAAAUGGUUAGGUUGCAGAGAAUUUUUUCCUGGAAUUAUGGAGAGGAUUACUCCUCUGCGCCGCUCCAUUAUCCGGCCGAGAGGGAACCCCUUCAGUCCACAAGAAUUAAUGCCAAUUAUUAUCCUCAAUUUCAAGGCUUCGGAUUUUCCGAUCAGGAGCUGCCAAACUUUUGCAAAGACAUUGAGAUGCCAGUCUUCAGCAAGUCUUCUUCGUUCCUGGAUUUUGAAGAAUAGAGAGAUACCGCAUUCCGCAUUCUACCUAGCUAUAGGGUUUUAACAUAUCGCUGUAGCAAUUGCGUUUCUUGCAUUUUUUGUCAACGUUGCUGGUUUUUAAUUAGUUACGAUUAUGUAUUCAGGAAUGAAAAUGGAAUGAAAUGAAAUAAAGAGGUGAAAUGUUAACAAUAAUUAUUACUUUUAUUA